AUGGCCGACGAUAAUCCAGAGUUCCAGUCAGCUCUGCGUGAGCUGGACCGAGAGCUUGAGGAGGGUGAUAUUACCGAGAAAGGAUAUCAGAAACGGCGCACACUUCUUCUCUCUCAAUUCCUUGGUCCAAACAAACCACUCGAAAUUGGCAGUCACGGUACCGCAGGUCAAGGUGUUGAGGGUGACCUUAUUAGCCCACCUGCGAUAUUAAACGUCCGACCACCGACUGCCGAAUCUACACAGCCACCAGUCGCCCCAACGGCGUUUGCAGGCGGUUACAAUGGUCACUCAAGCAAUGGAGGACGCGGAUAUGGACCACCCAUCAGAAUAGAUACACAAAAUGGUCCUGUGGCUCCGGUCAGGUCUCAAGAGAGACGCAGUAUCAGUAUGCUGCAAACUGCUGAGCGGAUUCCCUCAACAGCGUCCUACGAUUCGCUUUUCCUCCCAAAACCUCCAAUGCCUGGCUCUCUUGGCCCAGAAAGUACACGUACUGCCACUUUAAUGAGUCAGAACUACGCUUUUAACCCCGAGUCGCAGCCUGACUACAUUCAAAAUGAGUUUUCUCAGCCUGAAUACGCGGACGAUGGCGUUACCGCGUACGAUCCAGCCUCAGGCGGGGUCACGCGACAGUCAACAAUGUUGGAAUCCCAACAGGGCUACUUUUCGGAUUUUGCUGGACAGCAGCAUGAUGACUACAGAGAAAGCUACGGAGGCGGCUUUCAUCGUUACUCACAGUCGGGGGAAGCCUUCUCACCAACUGCGAACGUUGCCCCUCCAUUCAUGACUCCGUCUGACAUGGCUCACGGUCCCGCUAUUCAGCAUCUUCUACCUCUUGAGCCUCGAGACAUACCAUUCGCUGUGAAUGACCCGCACGACAAGAAUAUCCCUAUGUCAAAUUUCGAUAACAUCCCGACAGUUCUUCGACACCGGGCAAGAGUUCACCCGAAGCAGCCAGCAUACUGGGUGCUAGAUCAAAAAGGGAAGGAGAUUGCUUCAAUCACAUGGGAUAAGCUGGCAAGUCGUGCAGAAAAGGUUGCGCAAGUGAUACGGGACAAAAGCAACUUGUACCGAGGGGACCGCGUCGCGCUUGUCUACCGAGAAGCUGAGAUUAUCGAAUUUGCAGUGGCUCUUAUGGGUUGCUUCAUCGCAGGCGUAGUUGCUGUUCCUAUCAACAGCCUCGAUGACUAUCAAAGCUUGAAUUUGGUUCUCACUUCAACCCAGGCUCAUCUGGCUCUGACAACUGAGAACAAUCUCAAAGGCUUUCAGCGUGACAUCACGGCGCAGAAGCUCAACUGGCCUCGUGGUGUCGAGUGGUGGAAGACGAACGAGUUUGGCAGUUUCCAUCCCAAGAAAAAGGAUGACACCCCUGCUCUUGUAGUGCCAGACCUAGCUUUCAUCGAGUUCGCGCGUGCCCCAACUGGAGAUAUGCGCGGUGUUGUGAUGAGCCACCGAACUAUUAUGCACCAGAUGGCAUGCCUGAGUGCUAUAGUUUCGACUGUUCCUACGGAAUCCAGCGCGCGGCCGUACGCCACCAAGGGAGAGACUAUCAUCAGUUACCUUGACCCAAGACAAGGAAUCGGUAUGAUCCUAGGUGUACUGCUCACUGUCUAUGGCGGGCAUACAACCGUUUGGCAUGAAGAUCGUGCUGUAGAGACGCCCGGUCUCUACGCCCACAUUAUCACGAAAUACAGAGCCACGAUCAUGGCCGCAGACUACUCUGGUUUGAAGAUCGCAGCAUACAAUUACCAACAGGACCCAAUGGCCACCAGGCAUUACAAGAAGAAUUCAGAACCAAAUUUUGGUACUGUGAAACUUUGCCUGAUUGACACAAUCACCGUCGAUUCCGAAUUUCACGAGAUUCUCUCUGAUAGAUGGUUGAGGCCCAUGCGGAAUCCUAGGGCUAGAGAGAUUGUAUGUCCGAUGCUUUGCCUUCCUGAGCAUGGCGGUAUGGUCAUCAGUGUUCGGGAUUGGCUUGGUGGCGAGGAGCGGAUGGGGUGUGAGUUGACUCAUGAACUUGACCCAGCCGGCCGAGACAAGAAAGGCGAAGAUGAGAAGUUGGAAAAAUCUGAUACGAACACUGGCUUCGGUAGCAGUCUGCUCGGUGGUGGAUCUCGGGUCUCAGCACCAAAAGAGAGCGCAAAGAAUGAUCUUGGCGAGGUGCUUCUUGAUAAAGAAGCCUUGAAGAGUAACGAGAUUGUGGUCGUUGCAAUGGGAGAAGAUGCUCGCCGUUAUGCCAGCAGCAUGCCAAACACUGUUCGCGUGGGCGCCUUUGGGUAUCCGAUUCCAGACGCCACACUCGCCAUAGUCGAUCCGGAGACAAACUUGCUUUGUACGUCUAAUGUUGUUGGAGAGAUUUGGGUCGAUUCACCUUCAUUAUCAGGAGGAUUCUGGGCUCUGCCCAAGCACACUGAGACCAUUUUCCAUGCCCGGCCGUACAAGUUCGAGGACUCGAAUCCAACACCUGUCCUAGUCGAGCCUGAAUUCCUGCGCACUGGUCUACUGGGCUGUGUCAUUGAGGGCAAAAUCUUUGUCCUAGGGCUUUACGAGGAUCGGCUACGUCAGAAGGUGGAAUGGGUUGAGCACGGGCAGGAGAUUGCUGAACACCGUUACUUCUUUGUCCAACAUUUGGUUGUCAGCCUUCUCAAAAAGGUACCGAAGAUUCAUGACUGCACGGCAUUCGAUGUUUUUGUGAAUGAAGAACAUCUGCCAGUUAUUGUCCUCGAAUCUUAUGCUGCAUCCACUGCACCAACAGCCUCUGGGGGUCCGCCUCGUCAGCUUGACUCAGUCCUUCUCGAUUCCCUUGCUGAGCGUUGCAUGGAAGUGCUGUACCAGGAACAUCAUCUUCGUGUUUACUGUGUUUUAUUGACCGCGCCGAACACGCUACCACGUGUGACGAAAAAUGGUAGACGGGAAAUUGGCAACAUGCUCUGUCGCAAAGAUUUCGAAGCAGGGAUGUUGCAGGCUGUGCAUGUUAAAUUUGGAGUUGAGCGAUCCGUCAUGAACUUACCCGUCGGCGUCGACCCUGAAGGGGGCAUCUGGUCUCCAUUGGCUCUCUCGUCUCGGCAAGAAGUCUUGGCUUUCCAGGAGAAGCAGUAUUCUGGGGUUGAUUACCGAGACGUUGUGAUGGAUGAUCGAACAUCCACACCUUUGAAUCAAUUCAAUACGAUCGUUGAUCUUUUCCAAUGGCGUGUUUCUCGCCAGGCUGAAGAACUCGCUUAUUGCUCUAUUGACAGCCGUGGCAAAGAGGGCAAGGGCAUCACUUGGAAGAAGUUCGAUCUGAAAGUCUCAGCUGUUGCGACAUAUUUGAAGAACAAAGUCAAGGUCCGCCCUGGCGACCACUUGAUUCUGAUGUACACUCACUCGGAAGACUACAUUUACGCUGUUCAUGCCUGUCUCUGCCUGGGUGUGGUAGUCAUUCCAGUUGCUCCCAUUGAUCAGAACCGGCUCUCAGAAGAUGCCCCUGCGUUCUUACAUGUGAUCAAUGAUUUCAACGUGAAGGCGAUCAUCGUCAACACUGACGUCGACCACGUCAUGCGACAGAAGCUUGUCUCUCAGCACAUCAAGCAAUCCGCACAGGUCCUCAGCAUUGGCGUGCCUGCCAUCUACAACACUUCCAAGCCUUCCAAACAGUCCCAUGGCUGUCGCGAGCUAGGAUACACGAUGAAGGAUGCCUGGCUGCAGGGCAAUCAGGCCGCACUUGUCUGGACAUACUGGACCCCCGAUCAGAGGCGCAUUUCGGUUCAAAUUGGCCAUGACACGAUCAUGGGCAUGUGCAAGGUGCAGAGAGAGACUUGCCAGAUGACGAGUUCUCGCCCAGUUCUCGGAAGCGUGCGCAGCACCUUGGGUCUCGGGUUCCUCCACACUUGCCUGAUGGGUAUCUAUGUUGGUGCGCCAACUUAUCUUGUCUCACCUGUCGAUUUCGCACAGAAUCCGAUGACCUUAUUUGUAACACUCUCGCGAUACAAGAUCAAGGAUACAUACGCCACGAGUCAGAUGUUAGAUUAUGCCAUGAGCACCAUGGCUGGCAAGGGGUUCCAGCUGCAGGAAUUGAAGAACUUGAUGAUAUCGGCUGAGGGCAGACCUCGGGUUGAUCUCUAUAACAAGACACGCCUUCAUUUCGCUCCUGCAGGUCUGGACAGAACCGCAAUCAAUGUGGUCUAUUCCCAUGUCCUCAACCCCAUGAUAGUGACUAGAUCAUACAUGUGCAUUGAUCCAGUUGAGCUAUCUUUGGAUCUUCGCAGUCUUCGUCGCGGUCUGAUCUAUCCAGUGGACCAGGACGCGGACCCAACUGCGCUCUUGAUCCAAGACUCCGGGAUGGUACCUGUUAACACUCAAAUCGCUAUUGUCAAUCCCGAGACUUGCACAUUGGCACAUGUGGGCGAAUACGGUGAGAUCUGGGUGCAAUCGGAUGCUUGCGCCAAGGGCUUCUACAGGUCUACUCAAGAUUUUGACGCCGAGCGAAUGAACGGCCGAGUCGCUGAUGGUGAUCCUAAUGUGCCGUACGUGCGCACGGGAGACUUGGGAUUCUUACAUACCGUUACUCGACCGAUUGGUCCCGGCGGCCAACCUGUCGAGAUGCAGGUGCUAUUUGUAUUAGGUAGCAUUGGCGAAACCUUCGAGGUCAAUGGCCUCAACCAUUUCCCGAUGGAUAUUGAGAAUUCAGUGGAAAAGUGCCACCGUAACAUUGUGAACGGAGGCUGUGCCAUUUUCCAAGCUGGAGGCUUGAUCGUUGUUGUCGUCGAAGUCACUCGCAAAUCGUUCCUCGCUUCACUCGUCCCUGUUAUUGUCGACACGAUUUUGGGCGAGCAUCAGGUAGUGGCAGACAUUGUUGCCUUUGUUUCCCACGGGGAUUUCCCGCGCUCGCGACUUGGUGAAAAACAGCGCGGCAAGGUACUGGCAUCUUGGGUCACGCGCAAAUUGCGGACCAUCGCGCAAUUCAGCAUCCGCGACCUAGACGAGAACCAUCCGUUCAACCUGGUGCAGCAUCGUGUCAGCCGAGACUCCAAGCCUGGAAGCACCAUGGGUCACAGCCAUCGACAGUCAAGCAUUGCGCCUGAAUCCGAGAUUCCCGUCGUGCCGCGGUCACCCGUUGCGGCAGUUCCGGAGAACAGGGCCAUCAUACUCCAAGACACUUAUCAGGAAAUGCCUUCAGGAGCUCUGCCAGAGCUCGAUGCCGCUUCCGAGAUCCACGAUGGCUCAGCUCAUGGAGCCGCAACAUCGUCUGCCCUACCACACAUUCACGAGCCAGGAAUUGGCGAUUUCGCAUAUGAGCAGGACGAGGACUUACACAAUCGGUUUGACGAUCGCAACUUCGAAAUGGUUAGACCGGCUUACGGAACCGGUCCUUCCCCGGCCCGCAAUCUACGAUUCAGCUUCGACCAGACCAACUCCCCUGUUGAGCACAUGCCGUACAAUGAUCCUCAUGCCUCUGAGGGAACAUAUCAUGCCAUCGGGCAAGAGUCCUUCCCUGGAGCGCAGCCUGGUUAUCACGGCCGCGAGGACGGCAGGGUAGUCCCGGAAGGUCAUGUGUCAGCACAUCCUGGAGCUCAGGGAAACGAUCUGGCUGACGACUGGGCUCAUGACGCUCUAAUGUAUCAGAACGCUCUGAGCGAGGAUGCUACCCAGCAAAAGCCUCCCAGUGCUGACCACCGACCUUAA